UCCUCCCUCUCUCUCUCUCCUCCCUCUCUCCCGUACAGCAGGAUUCACCGUCGCAGGUCUUCAUCCUAUAGGGCCAGAGAAACAUGGCCGACCGCAGCGGCGUAAUCGCCAUGCAAUCCUCCGCCUCUCAGCCGAUCUCCGCUACGGCGGCAGUCCCUCUCCACGCCGACAUCGACGCGGGGAAAGCUUGCGGGAUGGGCCCCGGCAUCUCGUUCGCGAAUUCCGUGAGGGAUCGGUUGUGCGGCGGCGGUAGCGGUGCGAUUGGGUUGGUUCCGUGCGCCGUGGGAGGGACGACGAUCUGAUUUUUUGUUUGUCUCUACUGGUACCAAUACCAGUGGUUCCCCUAUCAUCUGGUACCACUAUCAUCUGGUUUUUUUUUGUGUGUUAUUCUCUACUGGUACCGUUACCAAUGCUAGUGGUAGCGCUACCAGUGCUAGUAGCGUUAUGUUAUUCUCUACUGGUACCGCUACCAAUAUGGUAGUGGUACCGUUGUACUGGUAGCGUACCACUAGUACUGGUACAUUUUUUACUGGUACCGCUAGUACUAGUACAUUUUUUAACGUAUUGGUAGCGUACCACUAGCACUGGUACAUUUUUUACUGGUACCGCUAGUACUGGUACAUUUUUUAACGUACUGGUAGCAUACCACUAGCACUGGUAUAUUAAUUACCAGUAGACUAAUAGAUUGGUACACUUUUU